UUUGUAGGCGGGGAGGAUGAGUUGACGAACAGUGAGGAAACCACCCUUACUUGCUAUUUUUCUGGUCCACUAAAAUGGCUGUUGUCGAGGAUGGGGAAUAAAUAGCCCGUGAGCCUUUACAAGCAUAUACAUCGAGGAUUGAGACGACAACACCGAAGUGUGGAACAUUUAUAGACGUUUUACUCCAGAGGUGCAGUGGGGGUGAGGAGAAGUAGCUGCAGCCAUGGACACCACCACCUCCAUCAAGAUGACCUCUCUGGCCAUCCAGAACCUCUUCAGCUACGUGGAGGAGGAGAACCUGGCAGCACUCAAGGCCCACCUGGACAAGUUCAAGGAGGUGGACGGCAGGAGUGACAAUGGGCAGACACCCCUGAUGCUGGCUUCAGAGCAGGGCAGUAUUGAGAUAGUACAGGAGCUCAUCAGGAGAGGAGCCAACGUUAACCUGGACGAUGUGGACUGCUGGUCUGCUCUGAUCUGUGCUGCUAAGGAGGGCCAUGUAGAUGUGGUGAAGGAGCUGCUAGAAAGCAGUGCUUACAUGGAACACAGAGACAUGGGAGGCUGGACGGCCCUGAUGUGGACUGCCUACAAGGGCCGCGUGGAGGUAACCAAGGUUCUCCUUGACCACGGAGCCAACCCCAACACUACUGGACAGCAAUACAGUGUGUACCCCAUCAUCUGGGCAGCAGGCAGAGGUCAUGCUGAGAUCGUGCAGGUCCUGCUGGAAAAUGGAGCCAAGGUCAACUGCUCUGACAAGUACGGCACUACCCCUCUGAUCUGGGCAGCCAGGAAGGGCCAUUUUGACUGUGUGAUGCACCUGCUGGAGAACGGAGCCGAUGUCGACCAGGAGGGGGCGAACUCGAUGACAGCUCUGAUUGUGGCAGUGAAGGGAGGUUUCACUGAGGUGGUGAAGGAGCUUCUGAAGAGGAACCCUAACGUGAACAUGACGGAAAAGGACGGAAACACAGCGCUGAUGAUCGCUGCCAAGGAGGGCUACACUGAGAUAGUACAGGACCUGCUGGACGCUGGCACCUACGUCAACAUACCAGACAGAAGUGGAGACACGGUGCUUAUCGGGGCAGUGAGAGGAGGCCAUGUGGAGAUAGUGAGGGCUCUGCUGCACAAAUAUGCUGAUAUCGACAUCAGAGGACAGGAUAACAAGACAGCCUUGUACUGGGCCGUGGAGAAAGGCAAUGCCACCAUGGUGAGAGAUAUCCUUCAGUGCAACCCCGACACGGAGACCUGCACCAAGGAUUCAGAGAGCCCUCUGAUCAAGGCCAUUAAAAUGAGGAAUAUUGACAUAGUGGAGCUUCUGCUGGACAAAGGAGCCAAGGUGUCAGCUGUGGAUAAGAGAGGUGACACCCCUCUCCACAUCGCCAUACGUGGCCGGAGCCGCAGGCUGGCGGAGCUCCUCCUCCGUAACCCGAAAGAUGGCCGCCUGCUGUACCGGCCCAACAAGGCCGGCGAGACGCCCUACAAUGACUGCAGCCACCAGAAGAGCAUCCUCACCCAGAUCUUUGGAGCCCGCCACCUGUCCCCUACUGAGUCUGACGGAGACAUGCUGGGUUAUGACCUGUACAGCAGUGCCCUGGCAGACAUCCUCAGUGAGCCCACCAUGCAGCCACCCAUCUGUGUGGGCUUGUACGCCCAGUGGGGCAGCGGCAAGUCCUUCCUGCUCAAGAAACUGGAAGAUGAGAUGAAGACGUUUGCUGGUCAGCAGGUAGAGCCGUUGUUCCAGUUUUCCUGGAUGGUGUUGUUCCUGUCCCUGCUGCUGUGUGGUUCUGUAGCUCUGGUCCUGGGCUUCACCGUCGACCCUAAGCUGGCCAUUGCCGUCUCCCUGAGCCUGCUGGCCCUGGUCUAUGUCUUCUUCGUGGUGGUGUACUUCGGCAGUCGUCGUGAGGGGGAGAACUGGAACUGGGCAUGGGUGAUCAGUACCCGUCUGGCACGACACAUUGGCUACCUGGAGCUACUGCUCAAACUGAUGUUCGUCAACCCCCCUGACCUGCCCGAACAGACCACCCGCGCACUUCCCGUCAGGUUCCUGUUCACAGACUACAACCGUCUGUCCAGUGUGGGAGGAGAGACCAGCCUGGCAGAGAUGAUAGCCACCCUGUCUGAUGCCUGUGAGAGGGAGUUUGGUUUCAUGGCCAGCCGCCUUUUCAGGGUCUUCAAGACGGAGGAAUCACAUGGGAAGAAGAAGUGGAAGAAGACAUGCUGCGUUCCCUCCUUCGUCAUCUUCGUCUUCAUCCUGGGCUGCCUGAUCACCGGCAUGGCCCUCCUCGCCAUCUUCAAGGUGGACGUUGCCAACCAGACAGUGAACGCCGUGCUGAUCGCCAUGGCCAGCGUGGUGGGCCUGGCGCUGGUGCUCAACUGCCGGACCUGGUGGCAGGUGGCCGACUCGGUGCUAAACUCUCAGAGGAAGAGGCUGCACAGUGCCGCCAACAAGAUGCACAAGCUCAAGAGCGAGGGCUUCAUGAAGGUGUUGAAGAAUGAGGUGGAGCUGAUGGCGAGGAUGGCUAAAACCAUCGAUGGCUUCACUCAGAACCAGACGCGUCUGGCUGUCAUCAUAGACGGCCUGGACUCCUGUGAACAGGACAAAGUGCUGCAGAUGCUGGAUACGGUGAGGGUGCUGUUUUCCAAAGGCCCCUUCAUCUCCAUCUUCGCCAGCGACCCCCACAUCAUCAUCAAGGCCAUCAACCAGAACCUGAACAGCGUGCUCAGGGACUCCAACAUCAACGGCCAUGACUACAUGAGGAACAUCGUCCACCUGCCCGUCUUCCUCAACAGCCGGGGGUUGAGUAGCGCCAGGAAGAUGUGUGUGGCAGCGCCUGCUAACGGAGACACCAGCAACUCAGACGGCUGGCAUGAGGAGCUAGACAGGAAGCUAUCCCAGCACAGCAUCGGAGAAAUGACAAAGUUUGGCAGCAAGACCACCCUAAACCGCAGGGACACAUACCGGCGCAGGCAGAUGCAGAGGACGGUGACGAGGCAGAUGUCCUUUGACCUGAGCAAGCUGCUGGUGACAGAGGACUGGUUCAGUGACAUCAGUCCCCAGACCAUGCGGAGGCUGCUCAACAUAGUCUCUGUCACAGGUCGUCUGCUAAGGGCCAAUCAGAUCACGUUCAACUGGGACCGCCUGGCGUCGUGGAUCAACCUUACUGAGACGUGGCCCUACAGGACCUCCUGGCUCAUCCUAUUCCUGGAGGAGACCGACGGCAUUCCCGACCAGGCCGCCCUAAAGACAAUCUAUGAGAGGAUCUCCAAAAACAUUCCCACCACUAAAGAUGUGGAGCCCCUGUUGGAGAUUGACGGGGAUGUGCGUAGCUUCGAGGUGUUCCUCUCUUCCCGUACCCCGGUCCUCAACUCGCGCGACAUGAAAACUUUCCUGCCCUGCACCGUCAACCUCGACCCCAAACUACGAGAGAUCAUCGCAGAUGUGCGUGCUGCCAGGGAGCAGAUGAGCAUCGGAGCAGUGACCUAUCCCAGUCUACCAUUGCAGGAGGCCGCUCCCCGCCCUACCUCCGUCUAUAGCCAGCAGUCAGGCAUGUCCGCCUACUCCCCCUCCUUCAACGGGCCCUUCAACCCGCCCGGGGUGGUGUCCCCACCGCCACACAGCAGCUACUACAGUGGCAUAGCUGGCCCCCAGCACCCCUUCUACAACAGGGUGAGUGUAUAGGGAAGAACACCACCAUGUCAUCAACAUCAUGGUCCUUUCAUUUCCAGGACUCUGAGAAGGGCCUGGUUCCAAACGGAAUGACCGAAGCUUCAGUUGUAGACUCUGACUCUAGGCCUAUAUCGUGUCCAGUGUUUCCCCUGCUGCUAAAUCGUCGCCGAGUUUCUUGUGGAAGAAUGGUGUCGCAUCCCCCCGAUAGAGUUCCAGACACUUGUAGAAUCUAUGCCAAGGUGCAUUGAAGCUAUUCUCGCUCGUGUGGGUCCAACGCCCUAUUAAGACACUAUAUGUUGGUGUUUCCUUUAUUUUGGCAGUUACGUGUAUGCGUACGCUAAAAUGCAGUAACG